GGUAGUUGUGGGUGGUAGUUUGGGAUGUUCGGAUCUUCGCCGUGUCGCUAAGUUGCUUCGUGAGGGACGGCGGCUUUUUUUUUUUUUUUUUUUUUUAGUUGUCGGUAUUUAGGAAGCGAGGAUGCCAGGCGAGUUGGAGUUGUAAAGGCAAACAAAGGCCAGUAGAGGACUGUGUGGAAAAUUAGCGUUAAGGUUCCAGCGGCAUGGAGUUCCCGCAACACCAGAAGCCGCCGGCGGACGGCAAGAUCAUCUACCCGCUCGGAGUGAAGGAGAUCACGGACAAAAUCAGCAACGAUGAAGUGGUCAAACGGUUAAAGUUGGUGGUGAAAACGUACAUGGAUAUGGAUCAGGACUCUGAGGAGGAGAAGCAGCAGUACCUGGCUCUUGCACUACACCUGGCCUCAGAGUUCUUCCUGCGAAACCCCAACAAAGAUGUUCGGCUGCUUGUGGCCUGCUGCCUUGCAGAUAUCUUCAGGAUCUAUGCCCCUGAAGCCCCAUACACCUCUCAUGAUAAACUCAAGGAAAUUUUUUUGUUCAUCACACGUCAGCUGAAGGGUUUGGAGGACACAAAGAGUCCCCAGUUCAACAGAUAUUUCUACCUACUGGAGAAUCUGGCAUGGGUGAAGUCGUAUAAUAUAUGCUUUGAGCUGGAGGACUGUAAUGAGAUCUUCAUUCAGCUCUUCAAAACUCUCUUCUCCGUCAUCAAUAACAGCCAUAAUCAGAAGGUGCAAAUGCACAUGCUUGACCUGAUGAGCUCCAUCAUAAUGGAGGGUGAUGGAGUGACCCAAGAGCUGCUGGACACCAUUCUCAUUAACCUCAUCCCUGCACACAAGAACCUGAAUAAACAAGCAUAUGACUUGGCCAAGAUGUUGCUAAAGAGGACUGUGCAGACCAUUGAAACAUGCAUUGCCUCAUUCUUUAAUCAGGUGUUGGUGAUGGGUAAGUCCUCUGUGAGUGAUCUGUCGGAGCAUGUGUUUGACCUCAUACAAGAGCUGUUUGCCAUCGACCCACUGUUGCUUGUGUCUGUCAUGCCACAACUUGAGUUUAAGUUGAAGAGCAAUGAUGGCGAAGAGCGAUUAGCUGUAGUAAAACUGUUGGCUAAGCUCUUUGGUGCAAAAGAUUCAGAACUGGCCACCCAAAAUCGCCCACUCUGGCAAUGCUUUCUUGGAAGGUUUAAUGAUAUCCAUGUGCCUGUGAGACUGGAGUGUGUGAAGUUUGCCAGCCACUGCCUCAUGAACCAUCCAGACUUGGCUAAGGACCUUACAGAGUACUUGAAGGUAAGGUCACAUGACCCUGAAGAGGCAAUCCGGCACGAUGUCAUUGUGACUAUCAUCAACGCUGGGAAGAAGGACCUGAACCUGGUUAACGACCAGCUGCUGGGCUUUGUCCGAGAGAGAAUGUUGGACAAGAGGUGGCGUGUUCGUAAGGAGGCGAUGAUGGGUUUGGCGCAGCUGUAUAAGAAGUACUGCCUGCACCACGAGGCCGGCAAAGAAUCAGCUCAGAAAAUAAGUUGGAUCAAAGACAAACUGCUGCAUAUAUACUACCAGAACAGCAUUGAUGACAAGUUGCUGGUGGAAAAGAUCUUUGCACAGUUUAUGGUUCCUCACAGUUUGGAGACUGAGGAGAAGAUGAAGUGUUUAUAUUACCUUUAUGCCUGCCUGGACGCCAAUGCCGUCAAAGCUCUAAAUGAGAUGUGGAAGUGUCAGAACAUGCUGAGAGGGCUUGUGAGGGAACUUCUGGACCUGCAUAAACUGCCCACGUCUGAAGCGAAUACAACAGCCAUGUUUGGAAAGCUCAUGACCAUUGCCAAGAAUCUGCCUGACCCAGGGAAAGCUCAGGACUUCAUGAAGAAGUUUAAUCAGGUUUUGGGUGAAGAUGAGAAGCUGCGCCUGCAGCUGGAGCAGCUUAUCAGCCCAACCUGCUCUUGCAAACAGGCUGAGCAGUGUGUGAGAGAAAUAACACGCAAGCUGACAUAUCCCAAGCAACCCACAAACCCCUUCCUGGAGAUGGUUAAGUUUCUGCUGGAGAGAAUUGCACCAGUGCACAUUGACUCCGAGGCCAUCAGUGCCCUGGUGAAGCUUUUAAAUAAGUCAAUUGAAGGCACUGCUGAUGAUGAAGAUGAGGGCGUUACUCCUGACACUGCCAUCCGUGCUGGACUGGAAUUACUCAAGGUUUUGUCUUUCACCCACCCCACAUCAUUCCACUCCGCGGAGACAUACGAGUCUCUUCUGCAGUGUCUCAAAAUGGAGGAUGAUAAGGUGGCAGAGGCUGCCAUUCAAAUCUUCAGAAACACAGGCCAGAAGAUUGAGAGCGAGCUGCCACAGAUCAGAUCGACUCUUAUUCCCAUACUUCACCAGAAAGCCAAGAGAGGGACCCCACACCAAGCCAAACAGGCGGUGCACUGCAUCCACGCAAUCUUCCACAACAAAGAAGUCCAGCUGGCUCAGAUAUUUGAGCCGCUGUCUCGUAGUCUGAACGCCGAUGUCCCGGAGCAGCUGAUCACUCCUCUCGUCUCUUUGGGUCAUAUCUCCAUGCUUGCUCCAGAUCAGUUUGCCUCACCCAUGAAGUCCAUUGUAGCCAACUUCAUCGUAAAAGAUCUGCUGAUGAAUGACAGAUCUGUGGGCAGUAAGAACGGUAGACUGUGGACAACCGAUGAUGAAGUUUCCCCUGAAGUGUUGGCAAAGGUUCAAGCCAUUAAGCUGUUGGUGCGGUGGUUGUUAGGGAUGAAGAAUAACCAGUCUAAAUCAGCUAACUCCACUCUCAGACUGCUCUCUGCCAUGCUGGUCAGCGAGGGAGACCUAACAGAACAGAAAAAGAUCUGCAAGUCAGAUAUGUCUCGGCUAAGGCUGGCAGCAGGCAGCGCCAUUUUGAAACUGGCACAGGAACCCUGCUACCAUGACAUCAUCACACCAGAACAGUUCCAGCUCUGUGGACUUGUCAUUAAUGAUGAGUGUUACCAAGUUCGUCAGAUAUUUGCUCAGAAGCUACACAUGGCAUUGGUGAAGUUGCUGUUGCCCCUGGAGUAUAUGGCCGUGUUUGCUCUGUGCGCUAAAGACCCGGUUAAAGAGAGACGUGCCCACGCCAGACAGUGCCUACUGAAAAACAUCAGUGUCCGUAGGGAAUACAUCAAACAGAAUCCCAUGGCACAGGAGAAGCUUCUGUCCCUUUUGCCGGAGUAUGUGGUGCCGUAUAUGAUCCACUUGCUGGCACAUGACCCAGACUUCACAAAACCACAGGACUUUGAACAGCUCAGAGACAUCAAAGAGUGUCUGUGGUUCAUGUUGGAGGUGCUGAUGACGAAGAAUGAGAAUAACAGUCAUUCGUUCCUAAGGAAGAUGGUGGAGAACAUCAAACAGACAAAAGAUGCUCAAGCACCUGAUGAUCCAAAGGCCAAUGAGAAACUGUACAUCGUUUGUGAUGUGGCACUGUUCGUCAUCACAAAUAAGAGUACUUCCUGUCACUUGGACUCACCCAAAGACCCUGUGCUGCCCAUUAAGUUCUUCACUCCACCUGAUAAGGACUUCAUCAAUGAUAAGGACUAUCUCUCUGCGGAGGCCAGAAAUGUCCUGCUCACUGGAAAAAUUCAGCAACAGCCAAAGCAGACAGGCGUGUUGGGAGCAGUGAACAAGCCUUUAGUGGUUACAACAGUACGCAGACCAUAUACUAAAACCACGGUUUCCAACACCGGAAGCAAUACCAGCACCAACUCCCAGCCCAUUUCUCCAGCAACUCCUAAGAACAAGGACGUGAGUUCUAAUGCAUCAGAAGCAGGAGCAAGAGAGAAUGAAGAGAAUCCGCAGAUUGUCAAAGCGGACAGUGGAAAGAAGGAGGAAGCAACAACACCGGCUCAGGCAAGCGGGAGAAAGCGGAAUGCUCCAGCGUCUGAUGGAACAGAGAACAGCGUGGCCUCGAACCCUGUUGCGGCAUCACAGCCUCCCCCUAACAAACCUCGCCGAGGCAGACCCCCAAAAAACCCAGCAGCAGCAGCCAAUAAAGAGAAAGAGGUCGCGACUACACCUGGGAGUGGAGCCGGGCGGGGCAGAAAGAGGGCAACACCCUCUCAGGAUCCCACCUCAACAGCCUCAGCUGAGCCAGUCAGUGGCAAGAUACCAAAACAACAGAAAGAAACAGAUUCCAAGCGGGCAGGACAACAGAGGCAGAUUGACCUGCAAAGGUACCUUUUCCCAAAAGCAGCAAGGCUAGCUAAACCAGAUGAAAGUGUGUUCAGGCACAAACCCCAGCAUCAGCUAGCAUAUGGAAGUGAAGGAGAAACGGAGAGAGAUCUGGAAUCGAGCCCAGACUGCUUUCUUUCUCUCACUCAGUUAGUAGAGGAUCAGGGUAAACCCAGCAGCUCUGAACACCCAAGCCACAGACAAGGAGAAACCGUCCAUGGAGCAGGACAGGGGCAGCUGGCAGUAAAGCGACGGUCUACAAAGGUCCGGCUGUAUAGCCUUACUGCCCAACAGAUGCCCCGUUACACACUCAAACGCUCUUUUGCUUCUGAUGUGAACUGCACACACACAAUUCUACACACACAUACUUGAAAACAGAAGUGUGUGAGUACACACAUUCACACACCACCUGAACUGUUCUGCAACCCUCAACUUUAGACAAAUGAGGAUUGAGAUGUUUCGAUUCUGUUGAGCGUUACAAUACAUAGACACAACACUGUUCCCUCUUAUGUUUAAUUUCUUCUUUAACACUGUCUGGAGCCAUUUUUAAAAAUGAGUAUUUGGAAGUAAAAGACAGUUUUAAUCUACUAUACCAUUGCUUAUUAAAUGCCUGGAAAGAUUUGUUGCUUCCUGUGCAUUCUCUCCUGCUCUGCUGGACUUUUCCAGUCUGUCCGGCCUGUCAGAAUAAGUCCUGUCUGUGCAACACAGAUGUGUUCAGUGAUGGGGAACAUGUGUAAUGGUUACUGUAAUAACACGUUUUUAGAUCUGCAUCCCCUAUAUUACCACCGGGAAAGAAACAGACCUGGUCUGAGAUCAGCAGAUGUCCCAUUGUCUUUUGAAAUCCCAAAUCUGUAUAUGAAGUUGAAUCUAUGAAAUCCUGCUCUCUUGUUGCAGAUGUGGCAUUUCUAUACUUGUGUACGUGGUUUUAGGUUCAAAGCAGUAGACAAGUCUUUAAUGUUUCUUCGACUGCAUUGUAUGCAAGUUCAGAACUUGUAGUUAAGUACCUUGAUUUAAUCAAACCUGGCAGAGAAAAUAUUUGCCUUUUUUAUCCUGUUUUGUACAAAGCAUAAAAAUGCAAGAAUUGGGCUUCUCGUACUCUCUCUUCUCAGUUUAGAGGAGUGAGUGAUGCUGUAGAAUUUUUAUACAGUUAAUUUUGAACUGAGAAAUGUUCAGAUGCAGCAGCUAUUGUACUGCAUUCAAAAAAAACUAAUGAUUUGAAAUUGUUAAUGGUUUGUUUUGUUUUCUUUUUUACUGUUUUUCAUUAUUUUAGGAUGGGUCUGUUUUAUCCUUAGUUUUACUUAAAUUCUUUGUCCGUUAAAAACAAUGAAUUACAAACACACACCUUUCAUUUUUCAAGCAUUUUUUAUUCAAAGAAAUGAUAGUUUCACAAUAAAUAACCAUGCUUGUACAGAUUGCUUAAAUUUUGACUUUUUUCCACUUCCUAACAGAGAAGAGAUGCCCCCCUUUAGCUGUUUCUUCGUGCAAUAUUGAACAUGGUCAUUACUACAGGAAGACAGACUUUUUUUGUUUUUGUUUGUUUUCGUACAAAACAGAAACCAAGCCAUCAAUGGUGCACUGAGAGGAUGGCCAAUACUUAAAGAAAGGGACUUGGCAUUAUGUACAAGUGAAGGGAAGUUUUGUGCGUGUGUGUGUGCAAGAGUGAGAAUGGUUCAGCUGGUUUUUUUUGUUUGUUUGUUUUUUCCAAGCAUGGGAAGGUGGGUGGAUGCUGCUAAUUUAAGGAUUCAAAGAUGGGUUGAGAAUUCAACAUUCCGCUCCAGCACAUUCAGUGUGUAGCUAAUCUUUUCUUCGAAGACUAAAAGGCAAAAAAAAAAAAAUCUGAUAAUGGUAACAA